UAGUUGAAGAGGGUUAGAACCCAAUAAGCAGUAUCUGAAUCAAUCGGGUUGUUUGUAAGAGCAGAUAGCUAGUCCCUGACAUGGAGAUCAUUAGGAAGUUGUUUGGGAUGUUCUUGCUGCUGCUUAUUGUUUUGGCUUCCCAGGAGAUGGUGGUGCCGAGCGAGGCAAGAACUUGCGAGUCAAAGAGCCAUGCUUUUAAGGGACCAUGCCUGAGCGAUCAUAACUGUGGGUUGGUGUGUAGGAAUGAAGGUUUCCCAGACGGCUGGUGUCGAGGCAUCCGUCGCCGCUGCUUCUGCACUAGGCGCUGUUAAAUGGGCUUAAUUUGGCCCCGUCAGCCUCAAAAUCCCAUACAAAACCAUAUCUAGAUAGGGUUGCCAUGACAUAUAAAUUAAUAUUAAGAUCCUCUUUUAUGUUUUGGGAGAAUUAAUGAAGUGCUUGUUUAUGUUAUUUUGGUUA